ACUCCAUCAAUAUCUGAAUGACCAAAUUUCCAAGAUGUAAAUACCACUACUAAUUACGAUUAUUUCACCUUUUGAUUUUGAUUUUUGAUGUUUGCAGCAUCCAAAGUCACUCUGACACACUUUUCAAUAUACAUACACAUUAUUGUCUCUAUCGCCGCUCUCUCUCUCUCUCUCUCUUCGAUUUACACGAAUUGGCAAAAGUGCGGUAGUGUGCGUCCAGGUCUGUUGGUGGGGAAAGCCUGCGUUUAUUUUGCGGCGAGAUCUGAAGCACUAGUGUGGGAAGGUAUGAAGCAGAGCACUCGCCUCAGCUCGGCUGUUUUUCAGCUCACUCCAACUCGGACGAGGUGUGAUUUGAUUAUCAUAGCAAAUGACAGGAAAGAGAAAAUUGCUUCUGGAUUGCUAAAUCCAUUUCUUGCACACCUAAAGACUGCCCAAGAUCAAAUUGAUAAAGGUGGUUAUUCAAUUUUGCUUGAACCAGAAACUGGAAGUGAUGCAUCAUGGUUUACAAAGGCCACUCUGAAAAGGUUUGUUCGUUUUGUAAGCACCCCUGAGAUCUUGGAACGUGUCUUUACAAUAGAAACUGAGAUCGUACAUAUUGGGGAGGCAAUUGCAUUGCAGAGCUGCAAUGAUAUCGGGCAAAGCAAUGUGGAAAGCCAAAGAGGGAAAUCCCUGGGAGGCUAUGAAGGUGGAAAAUCUGUGGCAAAUGCUAAUGACGAGAAAGCUAUUGUCCUGUACACGCCUGGAGCACUGCCACCUGUAGCUAAUGGGUCAUGCUCACAGGAGGAGAAUCCAAAAGUUCAGCUUCUGAAAGUCCUUGAGACCCGUAAAACAGCUCUUCAGAAAGAACAAGGAAUGGCCUUUGCACGUGCUGUUGCAGCAGGUUUUGAUAUUGAUCAUGUGGCAGCUCUUGUUUCCUUUGCUGAGUGUUUUGGAGCUUUACGUUUAAUGGAGGCAUGCUCAAGGUUCAUAGAUCUCUGGAAGUGUAAGCAUGAAACCGGACAGUGGCUUGAUAUUGAAGCAUCAGAAGCAUUGUCCCCUCAACCAAACUUUAAAGCGUCUGGCAUUGUUCUCUCUAGCCCAUGCAAUAACCAAGAUGACUCCAACCAUGAGCUGGCCUCUGAGCAUAUCGGGAAAUCAGGGUCACAUAAUGCUGCAGAUAACCCGGUUUCUAAUGGUCAACAAGAACACUUUCAAGGACAAGUUCCCCAUCUCGUAUAUCCUCCAUGGCCUAUGCAUGCUUCGCCUGGUGGUCAACCAGUAUUUCAAGCAUACCCUGUGCAAGGAAUGCCUUACUAUCACCCGUAUGCUGGUAAUGGCCCUUUUGUGCAGCCACAUCACUACUCUCUUGAACACUCCCCAUCAAAUUUAGGUUCUCAUUUAGGACAGAACAGACAACGCCCUGAUGUUAGGGAUAGUAACAAUGAGUCAGAGAUGAAGGAGACGGGUAGAACAAGUUCUUUGGAUGACACUGAAUCUGAUGAGGAAACUUCACAGAGUAGGAGGUCACGAAAAAUAUCAGGAGGCUCUAGCAAAAAGAAAUCUGGCAGGGUUGUAAUACGAAAUAUUAACUUCAUCAAUUCUAAAGGGAAGAAAUCUGGCAGCGACACAAAUUCAGAAUCACAUUCGGACAUGGAUGCAGAAAGUGAAAAUGUGGAUGAAGAUGUGAUCAAUAGAUCUUCCAAAAGAGGAGGAAGCCAGCUGAGAUCUGUUGAUAGGUUGAAUUUAAACCAUGAUGAUGUCUCUGUUAUGGGCAAAAAUACUGAUGAUAGGCACUGGCAGGCAUUUCAAGAUUGUUUACUGAGAGGCAAAGAUGAAGAUGCUGAUGCUGACAAUGAAGGAAUGUUUGCAAUGGAAAAGGGUGUGAAAUUGAAGAGACAUGCAAAUGCUGCCAGUGAUGACCCAUUGGCUCUGGGUGCACACGAUGAGGAUGAAAUGCAAGAUAAUAGGAUGAAAGACAUCCACGGAAUCAAUGGAAGUGCUUCUCGUAGGCUCAGGGGAUGUGGUAGCGAAGUUCAAUUUGCAAGUGCUGAUAGUGACUUUACGGAAAGCGGUGGUCGAAGAGAUAUCCAGUGUUCUGAAAGUAAUGGAAAAAGGAUUCUGCAUAGUACAACACAUGAAGAUUAUAUGAUUGGCAAUAAAUUGAGCCAGACUAAUAUCAGGAAUUCAUCAGAUCCACUAGCUCUCAAUAGGUAUGAGAAUACUAAUAAGAAUGAUAGAGAAUCAUCACCUGGAAUGGCUGAUGAAACCUUGGUUGGACCACUUAGGUCAAUGUCAUUAGAUCAAGAUGGAGGAACAGAUAGAAAUGUUAUUGACAUGGAUUCUGAGAUUCCAUCAAAAUAUCAAAAGUCGGGUCCCGAGGGAAACAAAAUCAAAGUAGAGUAUGAGCCUAAUGAUUUGAGCAUGAUACCUGAAAGGGGAAUCGAUAAGAGGUCUAUUGCAUAUGACCCUGCUCUAGGCUACGAAAUGCAGGUAUGUGCUGAAUUGUCAGGAAAGAAAGGGGGGAAAGAUGUUACUAAUGUGAAGGGAGGAUUAAAGAAAUCAGACAAGGAUAGGAGGGCAAAGGUUGCAUCAGAAUCGUUGCAGAAGCAAAGAACUGGGGGCCCUUUGAGGAAGGCCAAACCGUCUAAGAUGAACCCCUUGGAGGAUGCACGAGCCCGUGCUGAUAGUUUAAGAACUUACAAAGCUGAUCUUCAAAAAAUGAAGAAAGAGCAGGAGGAGGCACAAAGAAAGCGACUUGAAACUUUAAAGCUAGAAAGGCAAAAAAGAAUUGCUGCUAAGGGUGGUACCAGUGGGGUGAAAGCAUUCACACCCUCACCUCAGGCGAAACAAUUACACACUAAAACUUCUCCAGCAACUAAUAGAGGAUCAAAGUUCAGUGAUUCAGAGCCUGGAUCAUCGUCCCCAUUGCAAAGAUCCAAAGUCCGAACUUCAGUUGGGUCAGGUGUGUUGAAUAAAGCCUCUAAGGCUAGUGUAUUAAGUGAGGGUAGCCAAAAGGCAGGGAAUAGGUUAAUCAGGUCUGCCACUUCGUUGUCUGAGGCAAAAAGAGAAACCAAUGGCAUAACACCCGAGCCUAAGGCCUCCAUGUCUCGGAUUCGAAGGUUAUCAGAGCCCAAAACAGUCACCAACUCUCCUGUAAUCGCAAUGAAAGCCCGAAGUGCUGAAGCAGUAUUAAAGCGAAAGUUGCCAGAGGGCCCUGAGAGGAACAAAGUAUCUGCUAUUAUCAACCUUGACCGAAGUAAGGCUGCAACUCUACCUGAAUUGAAGAUCAAAACAGGGAAGUUGCCUGUGAAUGCUGAUGAGACCAUAUCAAAAGUGAAGGAAGGACAGAAGGUAAUUGGAGCAAGGCCUUCUAUAGCUCCAGAAAAGGCUGAUCUAAAUGCAAAGAUCUGCAAUCAAACACGUGAACUUGACAUAGAUGAGAACCCUAUAGUUGAGAAGACUGUUGUUGUCCUUGAGUCUGAGAAGCCUUCUGCUCCAACACUAAAAUCACUGGAAAGAAAGCUGGAGGUAAAGAGUUCCUACUCAGAGAAGGAUGCUCCAAACUUUGCCAGCAAUAGUGCUUCUGAACAACCUUAUCGGGCCCCUCAUGCUCGUGCCUCCUCUUUGGAAGACCCUUCCACUUACCGUGCAGAGUAUGGCAAGGCACCAUUAGCAAAUUCAGCAAUGCCUCCUAGAGCUGAAGAAACUCUUAAAGCACGUGUACUUGAUGUAAAAGCCCUCAAGAUGGAGAUAAAUCAAGUACAUUCAGAGAAGACGUCUACAAAAGAAUCAUCUAAAGGUUUGAGGAGGCUGUUAAAAUUUGGAAAGAAGAAUCACACAUCAUCAGUAGAUCGAAGUAUUGACUCAGAGUGUACUACCGCGGAUGGUUCUGAUCAUGAUAAUGCAAGGAAGACGACUUCAACCGGUGAAGUUCACACAUUAAAGAACCUAAUCUCACAAGACGAAAGUUCCCCUGAUGGAAAUGCUCCACAAAAGACAUCUCGCCAUUUCUCUUUACUGUCACCCUUUCGGAUCAAAUCCAGUGAAAAGAAGCAAGCGUCAUAGGGUCAUAAGAUGUUGAGGUUGGAAGUCUAUAUCUGUGCUGUUGGAACACUCUUCCUCUCUUAUUCCCGUGGCAAAUCAAAUGAGAGGAGAGUCUUGUUUGAAGAGCAGCCCCUGGUUCCUGAAAUCCCACUAUUUGCAAAGUAUCCGGGCUCAGGAUAAAUUCUGUUCGUAAACGGAUAUGUUUUUCCAUAAACUCAAGAUCCUCUCCAAGCCUCAGAAAGGCUGACAAUAUGUGUAGAUUAGUAUCCAAAUCUUCACUGUUUCAUGCCCUAUUCCUAGUUCUGUCAAAUUUUGUCACGAAGAUAUAAACAGUCAUUAUUAAUUCAAUAUCCUUCAUGCA